AUGGAGAAUAAUUACGUCAGUGCCAUUGAGAAUAAUUACAUGAAUGCCAUUGAGAAUAAUAACAUCAAUGCCAUUGAGAAUAAUUACGUCAAUGUCAUUGAGAAUAAUUACGUCAAUGUCAAUGAGAAUAAUUAUGUCAAUGCCAUUGAGAAUAAUUACAUCAAUGCCAUUGAGAAUAAUUACGUCAAUAAUAAUGACGUUAAUGUCAAUGGGAAUAAUUACGUCAAUGUCAAUGGGAAUAAUUACGUCAAUGCCAUUGAGAAUAAUUACAUCAAUGUCAUUGAGAAUAAUUACAUCAAUGCCAUUGAGAAUAAUUACGUCAAUGUCAAUGGGAAUAAUUACGCCAAUGCCAUUAAGAAUAAUUACGUCAAUGCCAUUGAGAAUAAUUACGUUAAUGCCAAUGAGAAUAAUCACAUCAAUGUCAUUGAGAAUAAUUACGUAAAUGCCAUUGAGAAUAACUACGUCAAUGUCAUUGGCAAUAACUAUGCCAAUGCCAUUGAGAAUAAUUACGUCAAUGCCGUUGAGAAUAAUUACGUCAAUGCCAUUGAGAAUAAUUACGUCCAUGCCAUUGAGAAUAAUUACGUCAAUGUCAUUGAGAACAAUUACGUCGAUGUCAAUGAGAAUAAUUACGACAAUGUCAUUGAGAAUCAUUACGUCAAUGCCAUUGAGAAUAAUUACGUCAAUGUCAAAGGUAAUAAUUACGUCAAUAAUAAUUACGUCAAUGCCAUUGAGAAUAAUUACAUCAAUGCCAUUGAGAAUAAUUACGUCAAUGUCAUUGAGAAUAAUUACGUCAAUGUCACUGAGAAUAAUUACGUCAAUGCCAUUGAGAAUAAUUACAUCAAUGCCAUUGAGAAUAAUUACGUCAAUGGCAUUGAGAAUAAUUACGUCAAUGUCAAUGGGAAUAAUUACAUCAAUGUCAUUGAGAAUAAUUACGUCAAUGCCAUUGAGAAUAAUUACGUCAAUGUCAUAGAGAAUAAUUACGUCAAUGUCAGUGAGAAUAAUUACGUGAAUGUCAUUGAGAAUAAUUACAUCAAUGCCAUUGAGAAUAAAAACGUCAAUGUCAAUCGGAAUAAUUACGCCAAUGCCAUUGAGCAUAGUUACGUCAAUGCCAUUGAGAAUAAUUACGUCAAUGUCAAUGGGAAUAAUUACAUCAAUGUCAUUGAGAAUAAUUACGUCAAUGCCAUUGAGAAUAAUUACGUCAAUGUCAUUGAGAAUAAUUACGUCAAUGUCAAUGAGAAUAAUUACGAGAAUGUCAUUGAGAAUAAUUACAUCAAUGCCAUUGAGAAUAAUAACGACAAUGUCAAUCGGAAUAAUUACGCCAAUGCCAUUGAGCAUAGUUACGUCAAUGCCAUUGAGAAUAAUUACGUCAAUGUCAAUGGGAAUAAUUACAUCAAUGUCAUUGAGAAUAAUUACGUCAAUGCCAUUCAGAAUAAUGACGUUAAUGUCAAUGGGAAUAAUUACGUCAAUGUCAAUGGGAAUAAUUAA